AUGGCGGCACACAUAGCUCCCCUGGCCCAGCCCAUCACGCUGAAGCUCUCCGGAAAGGUGAUCAAAAAUCGCAUGUAUAGAACUCCUCUAAGUGAAUACGCGUCCACCUACGACGAAGACAACGUCGAGAACAGCGGAAAGCCACUGCCGCGAUAUGCAGAAUUAUACCAGGAACUCGCCGACGGUGGUGCCGGUCUCAUCUGCACAGGAAAUAUCCCUAUUCACCGAGAUAACCUCGAGAACUACAACAAUGCAGUCCUAGACAUCAACAACCCCUGGGAUCCCGUGCAGGCGUUCGCACCCGCCGUCAAAGCUGCCAAGUCUCGCGGUGCGCUUUUCCUGCCCCAGCUACAGUUCCCCGGACGCCAGGUCCCUGAGUUCCUGAACGCGAAUCCGAAGUCGUCCUCCGAUCGACAGCUGCAGCCGUGUCUCAACAAAACGUACGGCAAGCCAUCGCAGCUGACCAAGGGCGAGAUUCAGGAUUUGGUGCGCAGGUAUGUGUGGGCGUCAGAGGUCCUUGAUAAGGCUGGAGCGGACGGAAUUAUAUUGCACGCCAGUCAUGGAUAUAUCAUGCAGCAGUUCCUCUCGCCCCUGAUUAACAAGCGCACUGACGAGUACGGGGGAAGCCUCGAAAGCCGUGCCCGCUUUAUUCUGGAAAUUGUCAAUGCCAUCAAGGCGAUACUGCCCUCGAACAGAUUCGUCAUUGCUGCGAAGCUGAAUUGCCAUGACUUCAUUGAAGGCGGAACAAGCUUUGCAGAGAUGUGCGUGGUCAUCAAGUGGCUCGAAGACGCCGGGGUUGACUUCUUUGAUAUCUCUGGCGGUACCUAUGCCUCGCCUGCGUGGAGAGGAAAUAUCAUGACAGAGCUAGCCGAGCGCCCAUCGCAAAAAGAACGUGGAAGCUAUUUCAUUGAAUGGGCGCAGGAGCUCAAGAAGGUUUUGAGUCGCGCGGUCAUUGGAACUACCGGUGGGUGGCGUGAUAGCCAUCGUAUGUCAGAAGCUGUGGAACACGGCGAUGUCGAUAUGAUAGGGCUUGGUAGGCCCUUGCGAGAGGAUCCGAACUUCGUGAAUCAGGUCUUACGAGGCGAGGUACGACGGAGCAAUCUGUAG